CAGGGCAGGACAGGCAGGCAGGCAGGCAGGCAGCAAGACUGGGAGUGCGGAGGGAGGCCCUGCAGGGAGCAGCUUACAGCCAGCAGAGUCAGAUGUAACAUUGACCUUAAAUGGUAAAAGCUCCCCAGAGUGGAAGAGAGGCUGGCCAGAGGGGGAAAGGGGCUAACUCAGUGUUAGGUAAGUAAGCCGGGAACCCAGAAUAACCUGCCUCCUCCUGCCUCCUCCUGUCUCCUCGUGCCUCACACACAUGAGGGAACCAAGUCUGACUCCUUAAAGGAGAAGGACAGGCCCACACUGAAGGCACCUCAGGACCAACAUUUCAUUUUCUCUUCUUCAUCUUCAGUAACAUCUGGGACACUGGAUUUUGUGGUCCAUUGCUAGGGCCCUCCUGUUGAAGAGAUCGUGUGCCAAACACCAUCUAUUGUCCUGCCUGGGGAUGAGGAUGCUGUCACGCCAGAUGUAGAGAAUGAUAAAAAUCUGGUGAGCAGACCACGCAGCCCUCGUCACCGGCUUUCUAACCGACACAUGAAGGCUUCCCUUACAUCUCUGACAUCUGUGGACAACGCAGGCCACAUCAUCCAUCUGGUGAGUGACCAGCUGCCAGACAUCAAAAUCUCCGAGGAAGAUAAGAGGAGGAACCUCGAGCUUCUUGAGGAGGCCAAGAAAGUGAGUGAGCGUUUCCUGACCAGGAGGGGCAGAAAGUCCAGGAGCAGCCUGUCUGAUUCCCCUUCAGCCAUUUCACCGAACCUCAGUCCUGGGGCUUCUCCUGCAGUGUCCCAGAGCAACUCCCUGAGCAGCCCACCCUCACCACCAGGUUCUGAGGUGUGUGCUGCCUCACUCCCUGGGCCAGGAUCUCCACUACAGAAUGCCGCCAAGGGGCUAACAGACCGAAAGCAGAAUGACCAAAGGAAGGUGUCUCAGGGACGACUGGCUCCUCGCUCCCCUGGUGCUGAGAAAUCCAAAGAGACGUUAUCUGAACAAAAAGAAAAUUUUGAUCCCCUUAAACACGUAGAGAACAGUACACCCAAGGUUCUUGCUUCUGGCAGUGGUGGAGGGAAAAUGUCCCUCAACAGUCCUACAGGUGCUGGUGAAAAAGAUCCAGGGAAGCAGUUUCUUAAGAAACCCAAGGAAAGUGACCCCCUCCUGAAAAGCCACAGCCAAGGCCCAGGGUCAACUCCCCAAGGACCCCAGGGAAAAGGCCCAGCCUGGGAGCCACUCAACUCCAAGACCCCCUCCAAAGCUGACCUCAAGCCUUCUGGAUUCCGACCCCCUCUUCAGCGGGGGCUGUCCUGGGACAGUAGCCCCAUGGAGCCGGGGUCAAAAGACAAGGUCAUCGCCAAGCUGGCAUCUGCAGAAGAAGAGAAACACUUUCCCAGCAAAGCUGGCAACAAACUCCCCAAAUCAUCAGGAUUCAAGGACUUUCAGAUCCAGGUUCAACCUGUGCGAAUGCAGAAACUGACCAAGCUCAGAGAGGAACACAUCCUGAUGAGGAGUCAGAACUUGGUUGGCCUGAAACUUCCAGAUCUCAGUGAAGCUGUGGAACAAGAGAGAGGGCACCCCUCUGAGCUUUCCCCAGGCAUUGAAGAGGAAGAGUCCAAGAGUGUCUGUGACGUCAUGCCCAACAUCUCUGAUGUGCUGCUCCAUAAACUACGAGUUCAUAAGGCCCUUCCUGGCAGUGCUCCUCCGCUUACUGAAAAGGAAGUUGAGAAUGUGUUUGUACAACUGUCCUUGGCCUUCCGAAAUGACAGCUACACCCUGGAGUCGAGAAUUAGCCAGGCUGAGAGGGAAAGGAACCUGACGGAAGAGAACACCGAGAAGGAGCUGAACAACUUUAAAGCUUCAAUCACGUCCUCAGCAUCCAUCUGGCAGCCCUGUGAACACCGAGAGACCUAUGAGAAGCUGCUGGAAGAUGUUGCCGUCCUGCAUCGCCUGGCCGCUCGCCUCUCCAGCCGUGCUGAGAUGGUCGGGGCUGUCCGCCAGGAAAAGCGAAUGUCAAAGGCUGCAGAGGUUAUGAUGCAGUAUGUAGAGAAUUUGAAGAGAACAUAUGAGAAGGACCAUGCGGAGCUCAUGGAAUUUAAGAAACUAGCAAACCAGAAUUCAAGUCGAAGCUACGGUCCCUCUGAGGAUGGAGUCCCUCGUACCACCAGGUCCAUGUCUCUCAGUCUGGGAAAGAACAUGCCCCGUCGGAGGGUCAGUGUGGCCGUGGUCCCCAAGUUUAAUGCUCUGAACAUUCCUGGCCAGUCUCCCAACACAUCACCCAUCCCAUCCUUACCAGCCCUGGCAGAAUCACCAAAUGGGAAAGGAAACUCUUCAGCUUCCCUGGCUCCACCAGCACUAUUAGAGAAUGAGAAGUCCAAUGGGGACCCAGACUGUGAGGGCCCUGCACCCAGCGUUUCACCUGCCCUGACCCAGAGUGCUUUGGAGGAGAUCAGCCAAGAGGUCAAGGCCAAGAUCGAGGAGGAGGCCUAUAACAAAGGGUAUCAAGAAGGCCUAAAGAAAACCAAAGAGCUUCAGGAACUGAAGGAAGAUGAAGAAGAGAAGACAAAUGAAAACCUUGAUGGGCCAGAAAGGGAGGAUGAGGAAAAGGAGCUAAAAAGCAGCAAAUUUGAAGCCUUGAUUCAUUUUUUACAAAUACUAUACCCCAAGCUGUGCCAGCAUUGGAACGUGAUUUGGAUGGUGGCAGCAGCCAUUCUUGUUCUCACGGUUGUGUUGGGCCUCUACAACUCCUAUCACUCUUGCGCUGAGCUGUCGGAGGGGGCAUCUGGAAAAGCCACCUGUUCUGCCUCCCAACGGGACUCCUGGUGGAACUCAGGACUACAACAGGAGCAGCCCACAGAGCAGUAAAGGGUGACUGCACACCCAGCUGGUGGGUGACCCUGCUCCAACAUGCCUAGCGUGUCACCAUUUUCCAGCUGUUCAGUGCAGUUAGGGACGCGCGUGUGUUCGUGAUUCGGCAUCCCCGCUACCCCAGUCUGGGAGUGAGAUGGGCUGCUUUUCACUCACCGUGACUGGUGGAAUAUGAAGACCCGAUGACACCGUCCAGGGGAGAGGUCCAGGUGGAGAGAGAUGUCAGUUUGUCCAAGGAGUUCUGCCUUUGAGAAGAGCAUCUUCACUCAAGCAGCGAUUGGAGAAGGGCCAGAAUGCUUUUAUUGAAGAUCCAGUAUGGCGUUGAGCCUUCUCCCCAUUUUCUAGGCUUUCAGCGGUUGCGUAGGGAGACUUUAGCCUAGCAGCCUCAGUGUCAAUGUCAAACCUGGAGGUAGCAGGAAGAGCACUAGACUGGGAGUCUGGAACCCUGGAUUCUCAUCCCAGCUCUGGUACUAACUAGCUGCAUGACCUUCAGCGCAUCGCUCUCCCUGAGCCACACUUUCAUUCUCUGUAAAGUGAGAGGGUUGGUUGCUGAGGUCCCUCCUAACUCUGACAUGCUUUGCUUGCUCCGGCAUCUGGCCUUGGCACUACCCUGUACACUUACCUCCCAUCCCAACUCCCCUUUUUGCUUCUUCCUAAAGUUGCUUUUCACAAGAGUGGGAAUGGUUUCUCCCAGGAAGUUAUCCAUAUUGUAUUUAUCUCAAAACUUAAAAAGAAAAAGGAAAUCAUGUAUGAAAAUGUUCCUGCAUGCACACCACACACACACACACAUACACACACACACCCACACACACACAAAAUGACAGAUCCACCCCCUUGGAGGGAGUCCUUGCUAACUCCAUCAUGAAGGUCAGUCUCCCAUAGAUAAGUUACCAAGUGUGCUGCAGUAACCAAUAACCCACUUACUAGGUGAUGUAAACCAGUUUUAUUUUUUUUUCAAAGUAUCAAAAGCCCACUGACUUGCUGAGAAUUUUUCAUCACUGGACACCCCCUGGAAGGCACCCCCUUUAUUUGUGGUUCUUAUUGUACCUUUGAAAAUAACUAACCCACCUCCUUUAGAAGAAAGUCCACAGCGGGGAAUGAGUCACAGGCAGAUUCCUGGCUUGGGGAAAUGCGUCUUCAGCCUCCCACACUUAACGUGCAUCAUCCCAUAGGCUCUCUUGGAGAAGCACCCCCACCCCAACCCCCAGGAUAUUUUUCAGCAGUGAGCCCACAGGAACCUAAGAGACACCCUCGUUCCUCCCACCUCCCACCUGGGUCCUGCCUCCCUGGACAGGUGUCUCCAGAUCUGGUGGAAGGUAGAGGUACAACAAUAACUCCCUCCCGGGAUUUUUGCUCCACCUUCCCUGACUUUGAUAACUCUCCCAACUCCAACUCCAUCUUCCUUGACUUCAGUCUUGGCAACAGGCCAUACAUGAGAAAAGAAAUGUCUCCUUUGGUAACCUCACUCUGCUUCCUGUGAUGUUUCUCCAUUUCUUCUUGUGUGAGAGGAGACUGAAAACUUCAGAAGCUAGUGUUGUUUCCAGGUUAAAGUAUAGUUUGGUCUGAUAGUUCAGCUUUAACAGGACCCACCUGUGCCAAGCCCCAUUUAUGCCCUGCUGCAGUUCACCCCCAACUGCUUUCCAUGGGCCAUCCUGAAUAAUGGCUGGAAACCAGCUGAAAGAUGAAGCCAAAAGCUGAUGGACCAAGGAUGUACCAAAAGGUCAAAGAGGAUGCAGAACAGAGCAAAGGAACGUAACCAUAAGGCAAGGCCUCCGGAGCUAGAAUCAGUGUGUCCGUGCCUAUCAGAUAGGCAUCAGUGAACUUCCGUGUGGGUUCCCAAACAGGACAAGGUAGGUCUGUGCUGCCUCAGCAUCACAGUGCUCAUGUGGAGGCCUCUGCCAUUGGUCCCUGGAAAGCAGGAAGCCAGAGAAAGAGCUGAAAGAUUCUCAGAUCCAGGCAGCUGCUACGCAUGAGGGGCCGUGUUCCUGUGCCUGAGAGUACAAACAGGUAUUCCAAGCCCCAUCUUUCAGCUGGAGCCAGGACCCUUACAAAAGAGAGGGGAAACAGAGAGGGAUUCACCUGGCCUAAAGCCAGGACCCCCACCGGAGAGAGAGAGGAGAUGGAUGAGAAGCAAGAUAUUUCCAAAAAGGCUUGAGGAACAUAAUAUAGUGACAGGGUAAAGCCAUGAGCAAUGACCCCUGGGUGAGGGUAUUCUGAAAUAUCAGUCUCUGGCCUGAAGAAGUGAAAGCAGGAGACACCAUAUACAUAGUCAAGGAGCUGGUAGAAACACUCCUGAGGACGAGAUGGAGGUUGCUCCUAAUAAUCUUUAUAGUUGACAUUUCGAUGGCAUCUUAAGAUUAGCAAAGCACUUCACUGGUGUUAUCUCAAAUAAGCCUCCGAACAAACCCUUCAGGUUUUGUUAUCUCCAUUUUCAAGGUGAGGAAACCGAGGCUGGAAGAAGUUCAAUUAGAAAAAUGUGUUAAAAAGCAUCAUUUGAUAUUGGAGUUCGCUUCAACCUCCCUCCAAAGGAUAUGACUUCUCUCCCACAAGAGUGUAGCAGAUUAGCAUUGGUCCCCGAGUACCUUUGGUCUUUCUGUAGCCAUGAACUGGACACAUAAAUAGGUGUCCUUAGGCUCUGUGUCUGCUGUGCUGUACCUCAUGGCUGCCUGAGUGGGAAAGACUGGUUGGGGGCACUGGCUUGGUGCGCCAUGCUAUUUAAAUCCCAAGCAUCGUUAAAUCCACACAGGUGUGCCAGCCUUUUACUGAAUAGUGUCACGUACUUGAGUUUGAAAAUAAAAGUAGCUCCUAAAGCUC